AUGUCCAGCCAAGUCGAACAUCCUGCUGGUGGUUACAAGAAACUGUUUGAAACUGUGGAGGAACUAUCCUCACCGCUCACAGCUCAUGUUACAGGCAGGAUCCCCCUCUGGCUGACCGGCAGUCUCCUUCGAUGUGGGCCAGGACUCUUUGAAGUUGGAUCUGAGCCAUUUUACCACCUGUUUGAUGGGCAAGCUCUCCUGCACAAGUUUGACUUUAAAGAAGGACACGUCACAUACCACAGAAGGUUCAUCCGCACUGAUGCUUACGUACGGGCAAUGACUGAGAAAAGGAUCGUCAUAACAGAAUUUGGCACCUGUGCUUUCCCAGACCCCUGCAAGAAUAUAUUUUCCAGGUUUUUUUCUUACUUUCGAGGAGUGGAGGUUACUGACAAUGCCCUUGUUAAUAUCUACCCAGUGGGGGAAGAUUACUAUGCCUGCACAGAGACCAACUUCAUUACAAAGAUUAAUCCCGAGACCUUGGAGACAAUUAAGCAGGUUGAUCUUUGCAACUAUGUCUCGGUCAAUGGAGCCACUGCUCACCCCCACAUUGAAAAUGAUGGGACUGUUUACAAUAUUGGUAAUUGCUUUGGGAAAAAUUUUUCAAUUGCCUACAAUAUUGUAAAGAUCCCUCCACUACAAGCAGACAAGGAAGAUCCAAUAAGCAAGUCAGAGAUUGUUGUACAAUUCCCCUGCAGUGACCGAUUCAAGCCAUCUUACGUCCAUAGUUUUGGUUUGACUCCCAACUAUAUUGUUUUUGUGGAGACACCAGUCAAAAUUAACCUGUUCAAGUUCCUUUCUUCAUGGAGUCUUUGGGGAGCCAACUACAUGGAUUGUUUUGAGUCCAAUGAAACCAUGGGGGUUUGGCUUCAUAUUGCUGACAGAAAAAGAAAAAAGUAUAUCAAUAAUAAAUACAGGACAUCUCCUUUUAACCUCUUCCAUCACAUCAAUACCUAUGAAGACAGUGAGUUUCUGAUUGUGGAUCUCUGUUGCUGGAAAGGAUUUGAAUUUGUUUAUAAUUACUUAUAUUUAGCCAAUUUACGUGAGAACUGGGAAGAGGUGAAAAGAAAUGCCAGAAAGGCUCCCCAGCCUGAAGUUAGGAGAUACGUACUUCCUUUGAAUACUGACAAGGCUGACACAGGCAAGAAUUUAGUCACACUCCCCAACACAACUGCCACUGCAAUUCUGUGCAGUGACGAGACCAUCUGGCUGGAACCUGAAGUUCUCUUUUCAGGGCCUCGCCAAGCAUUUGAAUUUCCUCAAAUCAACUACCAGAAGUAUGGUGGGAAACCUUACACAUACGCAUAUGGACUUGGCUUGAAUCACUUUGUUCCAGACAGGCUCUGUAAGCUGAACGUCAAAACUAAAGAAACUUGGGUAUGGCAAGAGCCUGAUUCAUACCCCUCAGAACCCAUCUUUGUUUCUCACCCAGAUGCCUUGGAGGAAGAUGACGGUGUAGUUCUGAGUGUGGUGGUGAGCCCUGGGGCAGGUCAAAAGCCCGCUUAUCUCCUAAUUCUGAAUGCCAAGGACUUGAGUGAAGUUGCCAGGGCUGAAGUGGAGAUUAACAUCCCUGUCACCUUUCAUGGACUGUUCAAAAAAUCCUGAGCACAUUCUAGCCUAAUAUGUUUCUGGAGACAAAACCCAGAAAAACAUAGUCAGGUCUGCAGUCAGAUUCUGUUCAGUUUUAGCCUGCUGUACAUGAGUUUUAACUUGCAGAUGCACACAAUUUUGCAAUGUUUUACAGAACGCACAGAGUUGAGUAAGCAAUUCCUUUUAAAAAAAGUGCAUAUUUAGGUAAUCAUACUUUCCCUGUGAGACAGACACAUCAUAACUAAAAACUCUUUAUAUAUUUAUAAUCAAAGAACAAAUGAAUGUGGAUUUAUUAAACUUUUAUUCCUAUUAUAAAAGUGUAUUUUAGGUACCUAUCUGCUCCAAUUAUUUUUUAACACUUAAAAGCCAGUCCUCUACACCUGAUUUGUAUGUGGCUUUGCCAAGUCAAAACAGUAUCUUGCAAAAAGGCUUAAUUAUUAAAUGUCAAACCAAACUUUUUCUCAAACCAGGGACUAUCAUCUAAGACAAUCAGUGUAAUUGUAUGCAUAUAUAUGUAAUUGUUCAAAGAUUCUCAAGUUUUAUAAACUUUAACAUUUCCAUUUAAUAUACUUAAUAUACUAAAUAGCAAUUACUACUAUUUCUGAUUUUAUAAUGAGGAAACCUAUCUCUAAUCCACUGAGGGCUCUCAACCAAAUAAUUUCUCAGAGAUUAUCUAUUAAAAGCUUACAUAACAUCCAAGCAAUUACAUAUAGUAGUGACUGUAAUUUUUUUGAAAAACAGAGCAUAAAAUACUUACAAAUAUAAUUUCUAUUUAAAAUCAGAGUAUGGGGUAAUAAUGUGUGUGUGUGGGGGGGGGGUUAUACUUUGUUGCCUCGUCUGCUUAAUUAUAUUUAAGCACUGUGCAAUCACCUGAAAGUGAAAAAAGAGAAAUAUUGUCAUUAUCUUUCCAAUAUUAAUAUAUUUUAAGCACUUUUGUUUUUAAAAUUAUUCUCUUCUGAGCUACAUAUUGCAAAUAAUGAAGAUUGACAAAAAUGUUUAUUCUAUAUCUUAAUCCUG